GUUCCAAUAUUCGCACAAUACGUUCACGGGAAUACAGUUCUUUAAUAAUAUAGACUGGAAUCAUUAUAAUUGUAUUUUAAGAAAUUUAAUUCAUAUUUGGAAAUAGUUUUGGUUUUUUUUUAUUAAAACAAAUAAAUUGUAUUAAAUAAUACAUCAAUUUUAUUAAAACGUAAAUGUCGUGGUGUGCUCUCCUUAUACUGUCUGCGGCGAUAGUCUGCGUACACGGGCACGGCAGGGUCCUGCAGCCACCUUCCAGGGCAUCAGCUUGGAGGUACGGCUUCCCGACUCCUCCCAAUUAUGACGACGAUGGACUCAACUGCGGUGGAUUUUCCCAUCAGUGGACUGUCAACGGUGGCAAGUGCGGUAUCUGCGGAGAUCCCUACGACGCCUCCAUCCCGCGCCCCCACGAACUCGGCGGCGUCUAUGGUCAGGGUGUAAUCGUCGAACAUUACUUACCCGGCUCCGUUUUCACUGCCACCGUCGACUUGACCGCCUCGCACCGUGGCUAUUGGGAGUUCAAACUGUGCCCUGAACCUGAGCGAAACGAGCAGGAAUGCUUCGAUCAGUACAUCCUAGAAUUAGAAGAUGGCGGAACCACAUUCCGCCCUGACAGGGGCAGCUCGAAAUACGAAGUCAGUUAUCGUCUCCCAAGCGGAUUGGUUUGCGACCACUGUGUACUCCAGUGGAGAUACACGGCUGGCAACAAUUGGGGAGAUUGCAACAACGGCACCCACGGUCUUGGAUGCGGGAACCAGGAGCAGUUCUAUGCGUGUUCAGAUAUAUCUAUUGGAGUGUCGAAGAAUUUCGAAGCAGAGGACUCCCCGCCUGAAGGAUACGAGAGGAUACCAUAUCCGUUGUUCUAUUAUUUGAGACACGGGUAUUUCGAUGCUCAACAAGGUAAGCGUGAUAAUGAGAUUGAUAAUGAUAUAGAAAAGGAAUAAAACCACAUGAUAAUAAAAUCUUUAGCCAUACAAGAGUGUAGUGUAUGAUAAGUAAUGAAAUAGGUAUUUCAAAACUCAACGUUUAAUAUAGCAUUUUGUUGCAGUAUUAUUUAUAAUAUUUGUAAAUAAAUAAAUUGUAUUUUAUGUUAAUUAAUUAGGUAAUAAUUAGGUAUACAUUUACCUACUUACAAGAACUGAUUAACUUUAGGUGUAGGUUCUUGAUUACUGUAUCUAAUGGCUGUAGGCAGGAGUUAUAAAUAUAUAAAUAUUAUUUUAAUUAAAUAAAUAAAAGUUAAAUUUAU